CGAUAAUCCUCUUUCCAGAAGAGCAGCGCCAUUGCUUGAAGUAGUAGAACUAGAUCCUGCUUUGGGGGAACACUCAUCCUCAACAAAAAAAUUAUUACCAUCACCCUUUACUAACGAAGAUUCAGUUGUGAGUAAUGCUAUGGCCCGUAGUCGAGCUUUCUUUUCUCGAUAUCGUCGACAAUCAUAAAGAUACUUCGUGUACUGAAUUCUACGCUGAUUAUGCGAAACGUGCACAACACGCUGAAACAAUAGCAAUUCUCGAUUUUCUAACUGAAAUGGAAGGACUUCUGGACCCUUUCACUCCCUACAACGCAGACUGCUUACUAGAGUCGGUGUUUUUGGGGGUCCAACCCGAAUACGGAGGAAGAGGUAUCGGCACAACGCUGUUCAAAAUUACAUUAGAUUUGGCCAGUCUGCUUUAUAAAGGACAAAAUGUGAAGAUAUCUUUGGAGGAAUCCUCUUUGCCACUUGAACCAAUUCCUCAAAUUGUAACUUCAAUUCUCACUACCUUUAAAACUCAACAAAUUACUAAACGUUUAGGCUUUGAUUUGAUCAAAAAAAUAUAUUUUAAAGAUGUUUAUUUCAACGGUAGAUCUUACGGUAGUCUACUUCGUGACGACAAUCUAUAUUUUACGCUGGAAUGUAAGAAAAUAGAAUAAAAAUAUUUAAUGAAAUUGAACUUCUACCUGUUUUAAUAAAGCUUAUUAAGUAAAUUACAUCUAAA